AUGGUAAGGGUUCUGAAAUUCGUACCCACUGGACUGAAUCAUAACAGCGUACAGUGUGAAUAUUAUUUGCGUAUAUUGUCUCUUGGAUCCGAUCCUAAUAUUGACAUUAUUGCGGUACAUGGACUUAAUCCCAAAAGCAAGAAGAAUCACGCCGAAAAGACUUGGGAGUCAAAUGGCAAGCUCUGGCUUAGAGAUUUCCUUCCAAAGCAGAUACCACGAGCUAGAAUCUUUCUCUUCAGUUACAACUCCAAUGUCGCAAUCCAGUCUUCUGCAGCUGGUGUGCGAGAGCAGGCACACGUUCUACUUGAUAGGUUAAGACUGGAGAGAGAGAACUGCGAAUCUCGACCGCUGUUAUUCAUUGCUCAUAGCCUGGGGGGUAUUGUUGUUAAAGAGGCGCUUGUACAAGCCAAACUCAGCGCAAUUUAUGGCUCGAUAUGCACUUCAACAUUCGGCAUAGCCUUUUUUGGCACGCCUCAUCGAGGAACUCACCUGGCACGUGUGGGUGGUGUGGCUGCCAAGUUUGUGAGGACUGUGCUAGGAACAGCAAGUAACACUCUAUUGAAGGCUCUUGCGAGGGGGAGCCUUUACGCUCAGGAACUCUCUGCAAACUUUGACAAGCUUCUUGAGAAUUACCAGUAUUUAAGCUUUUAUGAGACGCUACCAUUCAAGAGCAUUGGCAUAAUUGUUGAAAAGCAUUCUGCCGUCCUCGGCUUGCCAGACUCACGUGAAAAAGCAGUCGCACUGAAUGCAGAUCAUGAUGAGAUCUGCAGGUUUCCCCGUGAGGAAGAUGAUGACUACCAAUAUGUUUCUUCCCUUAUUGUCGAACUUGCGAGCUCAGCAACGGAGACACGUGCAGUGAUGAGUUGUUUCAGCGAAUCAGACUCCAAAAUUCUAGCUGAUGAAACCGUUCAAUCCUUCUUCAUGAUGCCUUACACACGUAACCCCGGAUUUGUCGGCCGCGAGCAUACUUUGAGCCAGUUAACGGAGCGUAUUAUGCCGCUGGGGAAAGCUCACUCCCGGGUAGCUGUAUAUGGUCUCGGAGGUGUUGGGAAAACUCAGAUAGCCAUUGAGCUCGCACAUCAAGUCCAUGAAGCUCAUCCUGACGCAUCGGUAUUCUGGAUCCACGCAAACAGUACCAGUCGGUUCCAAGAAGGUUAUUAUGAUGUUAUUAAGGAAUGCGGCAUCGAGAAUACAGGUGAAAAAAACCACAAUAACCUGAUGCUCGUUAAGCAGUGGCUGGAAAAGCAAUGUAAACGCUGGUUAUUGAUCAUUGAUAAUGCCGACCAUGCCUCACUCUUCACAUCAGAGAAUCGUCGUGGCCACGGUGUCUUACAAUCAGCUGCCGAGAUUGAAGAAGAUCCAUCAAUCCUGCAGUACCUUCCAGAAAGCACCUGUGGCUCGAUAGUCAUCACUACUCGUAACCGAGCUGCUGGUGUCAGAUUUACCAGGAGCGUUGCGCAAAACAUGAUUGAGGUGGACACUAUGACCAAAGAAGAGUCGAAGUCCCUGAUCAAGUCUGCUUUGAGUGGAGAUUAUCCUGCAGAAUCAGAUAUGGAUGAUCUUGCCGGGCUGCUCGAUUACCUACCAUUGGCAAUUAUGCAAGCCGCUUGUUUCAUGCAAGAGAAUGUGCUCACUGUGAACGAGUACAUCAAACUCCAUAGUGAUAGUGAUGAUACCAGGAUGAAUUUACUGUGCGAGCCCUUCGAGACGCUAGGGAGAGAUAGCGAAACUCCAAAUGCUCUUGCAACCACUCUGAUUGUUUCUUUAGAUCAUAUCAAGAAGCAUGAGCCGUACGCCAUCGAGGCUCUUUCUCUUAUUGCCUUUCUUGACCAACAUCACAUCCCAACAAGUCUGAUGCAACAGAAAAUUACUCAAACGCUUGACUUGACGAGAGCGCUGGGUACGCUUAAAGCGUUCUCGCUGAUAAUAGCGAACGGAAAAGGCCAAAACUUCUCCAUCCAUCGGCUAGUGCAGUUAACUGUGCGAAAGUGGCUAAUCAUGGAGCAUAAAUUUGAAGAAAAAGCCAUUCAAGCCAUGGAUAUCCUCGCUGAAAUAUAUCCAAAUGCCGAGUGGGAAAACUGGGAUAUUUGCGCCGAGUAUCUGCCCCACGCUGUCUCAGUCCUCAAUUUCAUACCAGAACUACAUGGAAAAUUGUUGAGAAGGAGACUGUACCUCCAAGAAGGGAUAGCAUUUUACCUGUGGUCCCAGGGCCGUGAGGACGAGGCAGAAAAGCUGGAUCUCCUUAUUGUGGAGGAGAAUAAAAAGGAAUUCGGUAUGGAGCAUCCAGAGACCUUGGAAAGCAUCGCAGGGCUUGCCUCGACAUAUUCGAAUCAGAACAGACUGGCGGAGGCCGAGGAACUAGAUUCAUUCCUUGUUACCGCCAGAAAAAAGGUUCAUGGAGCGAACGACAUCAUAACCUUAACGAGUAUGCUAUGUCUAGCAGCUACUUGGAGGAAACAAGCUCGCUUUCAGGAGGCCGAAGCUCUGCUCUUAGAAGCGCUUGAAACAGGAAAGUCUGUUUACGGGGAAGAGCAUGAGAUAUCGAUAGAUGCCAUUGAUCACUUAGGGACACUCUACCAUGACCAAAGUGAUUUGGAAAAGGGGGAAGCGUUCAAACUGAAAAGUUGGAACUGGCACAAAGAAAAGUACGGGCUAGGUCAUCCCUGGACUCUAGACACUGCCCUCGAUCUGUGCACAAUAUACGACGAUCAGGGCAAGCUACAAGAAGGAAAAGAGUUAUGUUCUCAGUCGCUUCAAGUGUGUGAGGAGAAGCUGGGCCCUGAUCAUCUAACUACUCAGGCCUGCAAACAAACUCUGCUAAGUUUCUACACAAGUCUUGAGGAGUGGCAGAAUGCAGAGAAGCUGUGCUUGCACAUUCUGGGAUACACUUCGAAAGCACAUGGCACUACUCACUUUGAAACACUUGGCUGGAAGAACGAGCUGUGCAGCAUCUAUUGGAAGAUGGGAGGCUAUGGUGAUAAGAUUGAAAAAAUGGACAACGAAAUCAUCAAUGACAGCGUUCGCACGUUUGGUUCGGAUCACGCCUACACCCUAAAAUUCACUGCUAUUGCCCGGCGCCACCAAGGGAAAGAUGAUGAGGCAAUGCAGCUGAUGGCGCAUGCUACAAACAAGAUGGAAGUGCUAUUGGGCCCUUUUCACCCGGAGACUCUGAAUUCAGUCGGGGUAUUGAGGAGUUGGUGUGAACCCGAACGAGAUGUUGUGGAUGUACUCUUAGAGGCCGAAGGACUUGGCGGUUAA